GCAUCAGCCCAGGUAGGGAGAGACAAGCUACCCAACAAAGACAUCUACAUGUUGGUCAGCAUGGGAAACAGCUACGUCAAGAAAGCUCCAGGAGAACAGGAGCAAAGAAAUGGCCAAAGGUCUACCUGUGGAAAAAAGGCAAAAUAUCUUCAAAAACCAACUACCUCACUCAGUCCCCUUUUUUUCCAUCCGUACACCAAGGGGACACAGAUUAAUAUGGAUUCAUCCAGCCAUCGUGCGUGGAGGAAAUCUGGAUUCUGUAAUGGGAUCACCUUUACCAACCGUCCAAUCCUUAUCCAGGAAAAAGUGAGACUGAAGAUCACAAAGACGGAUGACUCAUGGAAAGGGGGAUUGCGACUAGGCUGCACGAGCUUUGAUCCCUCCCUCAUGGAUCCCAAUGCUCUUCCAAAGUUUGCAUGCCCAGACCUAGAGAAAGCACAUGGCUUCUGGGUCAGCACAUUACCCAAUGAGUGUAUGCAAGAGGGAACUGUCAUCUCAUUCUGGUUGAACAGCCAAGGCCAUUUCCUAUACACUGUGAAUGAAGGGAGGGAGUACCUCCUUAUGAAAGGAUUGUUGGUGUCAUGGCCAUUGUGGGUGAUCAUUGAUGUUUAUGGAACAACACAAGAAGUCCAGCUCCAAGGCAUUCCUGAUUCCAGUCCUUGUGUUCCUAAAGUAUCAUUAGAUACCCAGCCCCAGCGCUCUGAGACUCUGGAAGAAGACUGUAUUGUCUGCUGUUCUCGAAAAGUUGACUCUGUUUUGUACAAAUGUGGACACAUGUGUAUGUGCUAUGGCUGUGGUAAGAAGCUCCUCAGUGGGAACUCAAAAUGCCCAAUCUGCAGACAACGAAUCAAAGAGAUCAUCAAGACGUACCGCAGUUAAAAUCUCAGGAUUAGCAUAUGAUCUCAGUUUGUUGGACUGUUUGAGUGACCUGCCUUUGAACAUCAGCAGCUUGGCUCCCCACCUUGCUAAUCACAUCUUUUGUGGCACUUGGACAUGUUGACCAGUAGGGCAUAACACAAAUGUGAGCACUCAGUGGUUAUGAAGAUCCAAUCCAAAUCUGAAAUGUAGGGAGAAGGAUGAGAUGGAGAGAGACAGGAAUGUGUAUGGAGAAAUGGACAGGGAGAGGGACAGGCUGUGUGGGAGAGCAAAAGGAUAUAAACAGAGUGAAAUAAAGAGCAUCAAGUUAGGAUGGGAAGCAGCUGGAAAGUUAAGGAAUGUGACUUGAGUUAGAGAAGUAAGGAUUCAGCUGGAAAGAGGAAGCAGUCCCAGUUAUUGAAGCAGUCAGACAAAUUGAACAACUAAGAAUUUUAUUAAUGAGGAUGAGGUUACAACCAAUUAAUCAAAGGUAAGUCCAAGAAUUGGAGAUUAUUGAAUGGGGCAAGUGGGAGAGACAAAGCACAACUCAAGAUGAUAUGUGGUGAUAUGAAGGAAUAUGUGCACUGACACAUGAGAUAUAACAACCCACAGUCUUCUUGGGCCAAUAUUGUCUAAGCCUUUAGCUAUUACCUUUUCAUUGUCAGUAGGUUCCCUAUAUUUGAGAAAAAUAUCUGCGUCCCUCUUCUACUGACUAAAGAGCUGAUAUGUGGACUUGGCCUUCAUUUUGCACAACAACAAACCACCACCUCAUCCAGUUUGGUUUUGCUUCAUUAUUCCUUUACAAGCAAUAGUAGGGACUUGUAUUCCCCCACCUAGGAAAGGUUAGAGUGUGUGUGACAGAUUUCUGGGAUUCAUACUUGGUCAUUUAUGAGAGAUGAAUAUGAAUGAACGGCGGAUUUCGGACUGAAUCAUAACAGUUUGGUUCUGUGCUGCAGCUUUAAAUUGCACUUCUGCCAUUGCUUCUCUGAAGUGAAAUGUUAAUGACUCAAACCUUAAAAAAAUUGUAAUGAAGCUCUUGUAUUUAUGUAAACUCUAUAGUUUUCCUGCCUUAUAAUAUUUUGGGAUCUCUGAGCUCCUUCAAUUUUGGUCUCUUCCGUCUCUCUGACUUUAUUUGCUGCACCAGUAGUGGUUGUUCUUGCAGCUACCAAAGCCCUAAGUUCUCUAAGCCCCCUCCUUAAAUCUCUCUCUCCCUCCCUUUCCACUUUUAAUGCACUCCAUAAAACCUACCCCUUUGAUCAAGCUUUUUGUCCUCUGUUCUAUUAUCUCUUUAUGUGGCUCCAUCUCCUGAUAAUAGUCCUGUGAAGCAUCUUUGUACAUUUUGCUAUGUUAAAGGCACUGUAUAAAUGCAGGUUAUUGCUGUUAGGAUAUAGUAACUUUAUAAAUUGUACAUUUUUUGACUGUACUCAUGCUUUUCUAAUGUAAUGUUACACUGUGGCCAUAAAGGAUUUAUAUUUUUAUAAAA